UCCCCUCUGGCUCACCCCCCACCCCCCAAGAUUUCUACCUGCGUGGGGGAGGCCCAACUACAGCAGACCCCAAGGCCUCACUUGUUGCUGUUGCUGCUGAGUUUUCCUCCCCAGACUUCUCCUUCAGAGCAGGAUCAUGUGUUCAGGUUUGCUAGAGAACUACAUGGCAGCGAUGGUGCUGAGUGCAGCUGGAGAUGCGAUGGGCUUUUGCAAUAGCAAAUGGGAGUUCCAACGGGAUGGUGAGAAGAUUCACGAUGAGGUGGCCAAACUGGGUGGCGUGAGCAAACUCAACGUGGCCAAUUGGAAAGUCAGUGAUGAUACUGUCAUGCAUUUGGCUACUGCAGAAGCUUUGUCAGAAGCUGGAAAUAACCCGGAUCUAACCUACCUGUAUAAACUCAUUGCAAGAAACUACAGAGACUGCAUGGAUGACAUGUGUGGACGAUCUCCAGGAGGUACCUGCAUGGAACAUGCAGGGAAUCUGGAUCCAGAUAACCCAUCUAGUUGGAUAGCUAACUUUACCAAACAAGGAGGAGGGUGUGGAGCAGCCAUGCGCUCCAUGUGCAUUGGGCUGAGGUUUCGUCACCCGGAACAGCUGGAAACCUUGAUUGCAGUCAGUAUAGAAAGUGGACGAAUGACUCACCAUCAUCCGACUGGAUACCUCGGAUCCCUGGCAGCUGCUCUCUUCACAUCUUAUGCAGUGAAUCGCAAGCCAGCCCAUGAGUGGGGGAGAGGGCUGAUGGACGUGCUGCCAAAAGCGAAAGCCUAUAUCCAGAAGUCAGACUCCUAUGUGGAGGAGAACCUGAAGCAUUGGAGUUACUUUGAAGACCAGUGGAGCAAGUACCUGGAAACCAGAGGCAUUUCAGAUGGGAAGUCCCCUCCUUCCUUCCCUGAAAUUUAUGGUGUGAAAGAAAGGGAUGAGUUUUACAAGUCCUUGAGUUACUCUGGAUGGGGAGGCAGCAGUGGGCACGAUGCUCCAAUGAUUGCUUAUGAUGCCUUCCUUGGCUCGCCUGACUGGACUGAGUUAGCACUUAGGGGCUUCUUCCAUGGAGGGGACAGCGAUUCUACUGCAGUCAUAGCUGCCUGUUGGUGGGGGGCAAUGUACGGCUACAAAGGGGUCAAUGCAAGCAACUAUAAGAACAUUGAAUAUCGAAAUCGAUUGGAGAAAGUUGCUAGGGAACUCUAUCACCUUAGUUUAAUUGCAGAACAGUGAUGUGAUACUUCAGUGUGAAUUGAUGUUCUAAGUGUGGGUAGUAUGUCAAAGUUUGCUAGAGAAAAACAUUGAUCCCCCCCAACAAUAACAACAACAACAACAACUUGUGGGCUUUAGCUUUAAGUAUUGUAAAAAUGAGAGCUUUAGUAAUAUUUCUAUGCUUCUUAAAACAUUAGUUUUAUAUUCAGAUGUACCCUCACUGACAAAAGUCUUCCCUUUACAGGCAACAAGUGGUGUCGGAGGACAGUAUAAAUCUCAGCUACUGUAUUCUAGCACUCUUUUUUAUUUUGCAUUUAUGUAAACAUUGUUCAGUCUGCAAAUAGGCGCCCCCGGUGGCACAAUGGAUUAAACCCCUUGUGCCAGUAGGACUGAAGAUCGCCAAGUUGAAGUUUCGAAUCCAGGGAGAGUGUGGAUGAGCUCCCUCUGUCAGCUCCAGCUCGCCAUGCGGGGACAUGAGCGAAGCCUCCCACAAGGAUGGUAAAACAUCAAAACAUCUGGGCGUCCCCCUGGCAAUGUCCUUGCAGAUGGCCGAUUCUCUCACACCAGAAGUGACUUGCAGCUUCUCAAGUCAUUCCUGACACAAAAAAAAGUCUGCAAAUGCUUACAUUGAGCAAAAAACACCCAAAGGCAGGGAUACAGAAUUUUGUCACAUUGAGAAGGGCUGUUCAUAUGUACAUGCUUCUCCCAUGUAGUAUUUGUAACUCAAAAUGAGAAUGAAAGCCAAACGUCUUUUUUGAUGCCUCUACUGAGGAUUUCUCAGAACAUUUAACUGUAGGUUCAGAAUUUUAACUUCCAAGAAUAACUCUCAAAUCAACAAAAAAGUUUGAGUAAUCCCUUGAGUAUUAGCAGCAUUUGAACCCAAGUUGGAGUGGAAAUACCAUUUGUUGAUGGCUUUGACUCAUAAUAACCAUUUAUUUUGUUUUACGGAUUGCUAACUUGUUGAAUUGUCUUAAACCAGGGGUGUCUCACAUUAACCGGAUGGAAUUGUAGGACUAUAAAUGUAACUUAUGUUGCCCUGACAUUGAAAGCCUUGUGGGCCACAUAAAAUGACAUGGCGACCCAUGGACCUUGCAUUUGACUUUUGUUAAAUUUAUUUAUAUGCUUGCUCUCUUGGAUUUCAUGCUCAUCUGUAAGAGCUGUAAUUUAGAGCUAAUCUACUAUAGUCUUAAGCAUUUAGUUUUAAGUUUUGAUAAUUCAACCUUUUAUAUUUCAUAUGUCUUUAGGGGGUCUGUGAGUUUGGAGCAAUCUGGUAGGAUUGAAUUUGCAGGUUGCAUCUUCUUAACCAGGAGAAGUUUGUUCCUUGCUAUUAAAAAAAUGACCCGCCCAGAAGCUGGGAAAAGUUUUGCACUACUGCUUACAGGGGCAGGUUGUAGGGAACAUAAGACCCCCUCUUAAAGCAGCUCCAUUGGCUACCAGUUUGCUACCAGGCCCAAUUCAAAGUACAGGUUAUUACCUAUAAAGCUCUAUACGGCUCGGGUCCUGCCUAUUUACGUGACCACAUCUCUCCCUAUGAACUUGUUCAGCUAAAACCAGAGACUUUUCUACUUGGUCUACUUUACCUCCACUCUGAGUCCCCCUCUGGGGGUUGAGAAGGGCGGGAUUAAAAGGCUGUAAAUAAAUAAAUAAUAAAAUUGGUCUGACUGAAUAA